AUGUCUUCGCCUGAUCUCCUGCAAGUCUGGGAGGCUGCUAAAGCUAACCCAUUUUACCCUGCCGUUGGGAAGGACACGCAAUUCGCCGUCGGUUUCGUUCUCCUCCUCUUCUCCUUCCUCUUCUGCGGUGCCUUUGCUCUCAAUCGAUCACUGAUUACCCUUCCACUCUUGGGCAUUCCAGCGUCACUUGCAUUUGGAUUCGGGACUGUAUACAUGAUCUGCGCCGUGGGUGUCUACGUCUAG